CAGGGAGAGGAGAGAGAUUAAGAGAAAGAGUGCAGGAGAGGCAGAGUGCUGACACCAGAGUGGAGAGGAGGUUCUGUCAGACUGAGAGGCAGGGCCAGUGAGGAACUACAGUAUUGCGGAGGAGGCAGAGGAGUAUUGCGGAGGAGGCAGAGGAGCUUCGUCCCCCUCCGACACACUCUCUCCCUCGGUCUGUGAGUGAGGCUGUGUGUGUGUGUGUGUGUGUGUGUGUGCGUGAGUGCGUGAGUGCUCGCGUCAGGACCAGGAGCACGUCAGACAGACAGAGUGAAUAGGAGGGAGGGAGGGAGAGAGAGAGAGAAGUGGACUGCAGAGAGGUGUAAUGCUGUAGACGGGAGUCGGCGUCCGGCUGCUCUCCUCUCCUCUCCUCUCGUCUCCUCUCGUCUCCUGCGGACGCUAGCGGAGCAGCCCCGCGGGAUCAGGAGCGUGGGGAGCGAGCGAGCGAGCGGGCAGCGUGACAGCCCCCGCGUCUCCCUCACCAGCUGCAUGGGGGUACUGGUCUGCUGCGACUGCUUCUUCUAUAGGAAGUCGAAGACGAAGCCAAAUGGGAAGAAGCCGCCGACGGAGGAGAAGAAGCACUACCUGGAGCCGGAGUACACCAAGGUGCGGGUGGUGGACUUCGACUUGAAGGAGUUGGUGGAGCUCCCGAGGGAGAUUGACCUUAACGAAUGGCUCGCCAGCAACACGACGACUUUCUUCAAUCUCAUCAACCUGCAGUAUAGUACAAUCUCAGAGUUCUGCACUGGGGACACGUGUCAGGCUAUGACGGCAGCAUGCAAUACGAUAUUCUUCUGGCAUGAUGAAAAGGGUAAGAAGAUUAAAUGCACAGCUCCCCAGUACGUCGACUUCGUCAUGAGUUUGGUUCAGAAGCUGGUGACCGAUGAAGAUAUAUUCCCUACAAAAUAUGGUAAGGAGUUCCCCAACUCGUUUGAGUCGCUAGUGAAGAAGAUCUGCCGGUUCCUGUUCCACGUGCUGGCGCACAUCUACUGGGCGCACUUUAAGGAGACGGUGGUGCUGGACCUGCAGGGCCACCUGAACACUCUCUACGCACAUUUCAUCGUCUUCGUCCGGGAGUUCAACCUGGUCGACCCCAAGGAGACCUGCAUCAUGGACGACCUGUCGGAGGUGGUGUGCACCCCCCCGCCCCCCUCGGCAGAAAACCACGUCACGGAGAGAUGAGCGCUCCCGGGGUGGGACCUUCACCCCCAGCUAGAAACAGGACGAGAGCCUCAAACAACCCACCCCACCCCACCCCACCCACACACACACACACACACACACAAUAUAUAAAUAAUAUAUACACACACACACACACAGCUACACCCCAACCCCAUCUCACCCUAGCCCAAGGCCUGGAUGCCUUUCAGGGGCUCAGAGACCUCACAUACACAUGCAUACACACACGAACACACACACACGCACGCACGCAUUCCCGCGCUCCGUGGUCAUUCUUGCGUGGGAGUGGUCAGAGGGGUCGGUGUGGGGUGGGAAGGGGAGGGGAUUUGAGCUGAAGGGGAGAUGACUGGUUUGAACUCCAUCCCUGGGCUGUGCCCCCCCCCCUCCACUUGUCACCAUUUGCAGAUAAACUAGGAGAGGUGUGUAUUUUGUUUUUAUUGUUUUUGCUUUUAUUUUGUUGGAUUUGUUUUUUGUUGUUGUGGUUUUUAAGAUUUUAUUUUAAUCUCGGAGGCUGUUUUUUUGUUUUGUUUUUUGUUUUGGAGGGGUUCAUGUUCCCUUCCCCUCUUCACUGGCUUACUAUAACUGUAGUGGCGCUGUUUCACUGUUUUACUGAAGAUGGUGUGCGCAGCCCAAACUUAUAAUAGCCACUAGCUCCCCCUUGUGGUGGGAAGACUGUAGGGAGCAGGUGCUUCUCCCGUCCAUCCAGUGGCUCAGCCUAGAAGCAUGGUGCGCUGAUGUCUAACGUGUUCUAGAACUUAAACUGUCUGAUGCCUGGGAUGAUCAAAGCGUUCUAUACUCAGGACCUGAAAGAACAUGUCACUGCUGCCAGAGAGAGAGAGAGGGAAUGGUCUCUCUUUCCUGAUCUCUUUCUCUCUCUCUCUCUCAUUCUACAACAUUCGCAAUACCUUAUUCUCCAGUCAUUGUAUAGUACUGAAUUCAAAAGUCUAGCUGACACUUCAUAUAGAACUCUUUACACACACACACACACACACACACGCAUCAACAAGGUCUUAGAGAAUAUAAUACGCAUUUCAUAUUUAAUAUUUCAGGAUAAAUGACGUGUACGGGCCUUGGCCCCCCCCCCCCCCCCCCCAGAGAUCAGCAAAGCAGAGGGAGGGAGGGUGGGGGCGGUUGCUGGUGUGGUGGGGGUGGAUGGCCCGGUUGUAGCUGUGCUUGGGGGCCUGCUGGGACAAGGACAUGGCAGGAGUCUGCUAGCCUACUAAGGCAGAUGUCUGCUGGAGUCGGAGGCCAGAGCGUCACUGGGUGGCGAUCAAUUGAUGUGCUGAUUGCAUCCCACCAAGGAUCCCAAAUGCCUCCAAUAUAAUAGCCCUUUGUUUUUUUCUUUUCUUUUUCUUUCAGUUCAUUUCCCUGUUUUAAAGUUUUUUUUUUUUUUUUAAGUAUCAAGAGAGGUCAUGACAAUGGCGUUGUGUGAGCAUGUGAGAUGCACAUGUCAUUGCAAGCUGGUUGUGUCAGAACUUUGCCUCUUUCAAUAGGGGAUUGGACUUGUAUUUAAUUUAUUUUGGUCUUAUUUGCAGGGUUCUUAAGUUCUGGCUUUCCUUUAUCUAUUUUAAUUAUUAUCUUAAGUUAAAAGCGAUUUAAUAUUUUAAGCUCUGCAAAUUAUAAUCUAAUAAAAUAUAAAAAUGCCA